AUGGAUCGCAAAAUGGCUUUGUACGGUCUUCCACUGUGGGUAUCUCUCGCGGCACUCAGCAAUGCACAGGCAGCACCUGGAGCUGGGGCUGGCUCUGGACAAUUGCCACCCGGAAUGAACCCUAAUAUCAUUUACGAAGAUUUGCCGCUGGUCCCGAAAUUUGCCAAAGCCCAUGGAGUCGUCAUGGGCAUCGCAUUCGGCAUCAUCUUCCCUCUCGGCGCAAUCCUUCUGCGAGUUAUCCGAUCACAGUACGGCGUAUAUGCACAUAUCUCUGCCCAGCUAAUUGGAUAUGCCCUGAUGAUUGCUGGCCUGGCCACUGGAAUCCGCGUUGGAAAGAUCCUUGAUCGACUUCACAACAAUGGGCACACAAUCCUCGGUACCGUCAUUGUUGUAUUCCUACUCAUCCAGCCGUUCAUUGGAUUCUGGCAUCACUAUAAAUUCAGGAAGACCCAGUCAAGCGGUUGGUGGACCCAUGUCCAUAUCUGGGUUGGCCGUUUUUUCCUUCUGCUCGGCAUUAUCAAUGGCGGUACUGGGUUGAAGUUGGCGGACAACACGGCAGGGGGGAUCAUUGCUUAUGCAGUUGUUGCGGGCGUGUUUGGUGUGGCAUACAUUGCAAUUGCGGCAUUGCGCCAGGGAAAGGUAAUCUUGAAGGACAAGGAGACAACACCUGAGAUGCAGCAGACUUAG